UGGGCCCGGAGCCCGCCCCAAUGUCUUGCCGCUUGUCAAGUGGACCAUUCUCCGACCAAGUACUGGAUCUCGUCAAGGCCAUUUAUUGUUCUAUCAUAUAAUAUUUAUCGCAUUUGUUCGUAUUGUGAGCGUUCUCCAUCGGACGUAUUCUGUUAUUCUCAUGCCGGGAAGCUCAUUGGGUAGCUGUGACGUACGUCAUUUGUCUUGGCAUGGCGUGAAUGGUUGACAACCGUCGAUUUGCAUUUUGGCGUCGGUGAGAGUCAUUUCCAUCCAUGAUGCAAGUUAAUUGUGGCGCCGUCUUGUCCGUUAUCGCCUAACAGCGAUUGUGUUGUCUUCAUGGCUCCAAUAACGAUAAAGGCGUUUAUUAAACACGUCCGUCGGUUCCCGUGGGUAACCAAUGUUACGUUGUACGGUUGCCUGUUCGCGGGAGGGGACUUUGUUCACCAGUGGUUUUCUCAACGGGACAAAAUGGACUGGAGCCAUACACGGAACGUGGCCGUGGUCGCGUUCAGUUUCCAUGGCAACUUCAAUUUCUUCUGGAUGCGCUUUCUGGAGCGCAGAUUCCCGGGGAAUUCCGCCGCGAUGGUGGCGAGGAAGCUGUUCCUGGAUCAGACCGCGGCUGCGCCCUUGGCCACCAGCGUCUUCUACACGGGUGUCAGUUUCUUAGAGGGCAAAGACGAUAUCAUGGAAGACUGGAGAGACAAAUUCCUGAACACUUACAAGACUGGGCUAAUGUUCUGGCCCUUCAUGCAGUUUCUAAACUUUGCCUUGGUGCCGCCGUACGUGCGGACUACCUUCAGUGGCUGCUGUGCCUUCAUCUGGGCCACUUUCUUGUGUUUCUCGCGUCAGAGUGGCGACGGCACCGCUGGUGCUGCGCUCGCGUGGCUGUUCCCCUCCAAAGAGGACGGAAUCGAGAAGACAGACGAGGUGAAAAGUAAAGUACUUGCUUCUCAAGAUGCAGUGGUAAAUCCUUCUUCCAAACAUAACCGCACCACCGACGAACACUAUCACACCUCUGACCCCCCUGCAUUGACCAUCAUUCAUGAACAGGAUAAUCAGGCCGCUUUCUGGGCGAACAUGGAAAUGAAGAAGUCUUUUUCAGACACGGAGCGUGCACUCAGGAACUACGGCGCCGUGUCGCAAACGGCGUGGACGACGGACAAAGGUCACUGCGAUGUGUCCAUGGCCGAGAGCACCAUGUGUCCAGAGGAGAUUGAGAUGGAGAUGGCUCGGAUCCAGCGCCUUAGGGAGGUCCUAGUGCGUCGGGAGUCCGAGCUGCGCUUCAUGAUGGAUGACAUCCAGCUGUGCAAAGACAUCAUGAGUUUAAAGCAAGAGUUGAGACAAAUUGUUGCAGUACCAGAGAAAGACAAAAGCAAUAAUGACAAACAGCAUGAAGAGGAGCUAAUCCUGAAGAUCCAUAAACUGGUGCAGAAGAGGGAUUUCUUGGUGGAUGACGCAGAGGUGGAGCGAUUAAGAGAGCAGGAGGAGGACAAGGAGAUGGAAGAGUUCCUCAGGCUGAAACUGAUACCAAUGGAGAAGAAGCUCAAAGUCAGACUAAAUCCUCCAAAGCCCAAACGACAACUCCUGGAGCCGCCGCCUAACAAACCCUUCAUCACUAAAUUAGAUGUGGCCAUCAUCAAGGACUGCUGUGGCGCCACCCAGUGUUCCAUCAUGUAAUUGGCAGAGCGAUUCAAUGCCCUCCCCCCACACCCAAAUUCUGCAAACAUUUACUUCCUGUGAAUCAGAGAACCUCUUCAGCUUUGUGUUCCACUCGAAGGCGUCAUGUUUUCAAUGAAAGUACAAAAUAUCAGGGAGGAAAGCGUUUGUCUUUUGGAGUUCGUUGGGUACACAGUAAUCCCCUGUAUAUUCGCGGUUCACUACUGACAAAGUCACAUUCACAUUGUGUGUGUGGAAUAAAAUUUAAAAAAAUAAAAUAAAAGCCCUGUCUAAAUAGGAAAGUAGGACGUGUAUCACAUAAGGACGUUGUUGAAGUGAUACAUCUCUACAGAGGGACCAGCUUUUAUGCUUUCAUGUUGGGGAGGAGCUAAGUUUAUCUUCGGCUAUUCGUGGACGUUAUGAGGGUCUUCGCCAAAAUCAAAUUGUGAAAGUUAUUUAUAAAAGGUAAUGCCUGAUGAAUGUGAAAUUAUAUUAAAAUGCUUUGGUAUCA